AGCCUCGGCCGCUUCCGGGUUGCGGGCCGGCUGGGGAGCCCGGGCUAGCCGCCGCGAUGCUGCCCUACACCGUGAACUUCAAGGUGUCGGCGCGCACCCUCACCGGGGCCCUCAACGCCCACAACAAGGCGGCGGUGGACUGGGGCUGGCAAGGUUUAAUUGCUUAUGGAUGUCAUUCGCUGGUGGUAGUGAUUGAUUCCAGUACUGCCCAAACUCUUCAAGUUUUAGAAAAACAUAAAGCUGAUGUUGUUAAGGUUAAAUGGGCCAGGGAAAACUACCACCAUAACAUUGGCUCACCAUAUUGCUUGCGCUUAGCUUCUGCUGAUGUCAAUGGGAAGAUCAUUGUUUGGGAUGUGGCAGCAGGAGUAGCUCAGUGUGAGAUCCAGGAGCAUGCCAGACCUAUCCAGGACGUUCAGUGGUUGUGGAAUCAAGAUGCUUCCCGAGAUUUGUUGCUUGCUAUCCACCCGCCAAAUUACAUUGUGCUCUGGAAUGCAGAUACUGGCACGAAACUAUGGAAGAAAAGCUAUGCAGAUAACAUUCUCUCUUUUUCUUUUGACCCUUUUGAUCCCUCACAUUUAACUUUACUCACCAGUGAGGGUAUUGUAUUCAUCUCCGACUUCUCUCCAUCCAAGCCUCCCUCGGGACCUGGGAAAAAAGUGUACAUCUCCAGCCCACACUCUAGCCCAGCUCAUAACAAGCUGGCUGCAGCCACAGGAGCCAAGAAGGCUCUUAAUAAAGUAAAAAUUUUAAUCACUCAAGAGAAACCUAGUGCUGAAUUUGUAACUCUCAAUGAUUGCCUCCAGCUGGCAUAUCUUCCUUCAAAAAGGAACCACAUGUUGCUGCUCUACCCUCGAGAGAUUUUAAUCCUUGACCUCGAGGUGAAUCAAACAGUGGGCGUGAUUGCAAUAGAACGGACAGGAGUUCCCUUUCUGCAGGUAAUACCCUGCUUUCAGCGUGAUGGUUUAUUUUGCCUUCAUGAAAAUGGGUGUAUAACCUUACGUGUUCGAAGAUCUUACAGUAGCGUUUUCACCACUUCAGGUGAUGAACCAGAUCCAGAUCCUGUUCAGGAGCUUACCUAUGAUUUACGAAGCCAGUGCGAUGCAAUCAGGGUUACAAAAACUGUCCGUCCCUUCAGUAUGGUGUGCUGUCCUGUUAAUGAGAAUGCAGCUGCCCUCAUAGUGAGUGACGGCAGGGUCAUGAUAUGGGAACUCAAGUCUGCUGUGUGCAGUCGAAAUUCACGGAGCAGUAGUUCUGGUGUGUCGCCUUUGUAUUCACCAGUGUCUUUCUGUGGAAUUCCUGUAGGAGUGCUACAGAAUAAACUCCCUGACCUUUCCCUAGAUAACAUGAUUGGACAAAGUGCAAUUGCUGGAGAAGAACAGCCCAAAGGCUCCAUUUUACAGGAGGUACAUCUCAAAUUCCUGCUAACAGGACUGCUUUCAGGACUGCCCUCCCCACAGUUUGCCAUUCGUAUGUGCCCACCACUGACCACAAAAAACAUCAAGAUGUAUCAACCACUGCUUGCUGUUGGUACAAGUAACGGUUCCAUCCUGGUAUAUCAUCUCACUAGUGGUCUGCUGCACAAGGAGCUAAGCAUCCACUCAUGUGAAGUCAAGGGUAUUGAAUGGACAAGUUUGACAGGUUUUCUUUCUUUUGCUACCUCAACACCAAACAAUAUGGGAUUAGUGAGAAAUGAACUUCAACUGGUUGACCUUCCAACAGGAAGGAGCAUUGCUUUUCGUGGUGAACGAGGGAGUGAUGAAUCGCCCAUUGAAAUGAUUAAAGUAUCUCAUUUGAAGCAGUAUUUGGCAGUUGUAUUCAAAGAUAAACCACUGGAAUUAUGGGAUGUUAGGACUUGUACCCUUCUUAGGGAAAUGUCCAAAAAUUUUCCUGCAAUAACUGCUUUGGAGUGGUCACCAUCUCACAACCUGAAGAGCCUGAAGAAGAAACAGCUUGCUACCCGAGAGGCCAUGGCCCGCCAGACUGUAGUCUCAGACACAGAGCUGAGUAUCGUGGAGUCCUCAGUGAUUAGCUUGUUGCAGGAGGCAGAAAGUAAAUCUGAACUCAGCCAGAACAUCUCUGCUCGGGAGCAUUUUGUAUUUACCGAUAAUGAUGGCCAAGUUUAUCAUCUCACUGUUGAAGGAAACUCUGUGAAAGAUAGUGCUCGGAUUCCACCAGAUGGAAGUAUGGGUAGUAUUACCUGCAUUGCUUGGAAAGGAGAUACAUUAGUGCUUGGAGACAUGGAUGGAAAUUUAAAUUUUUGGGAUUUGAAAGGCAGAGUAUCCAGGGGAAUACCUACACAUCGGAGUUGGGUGAGGAAGAUUCGUUUUGCUCCUGGCAAAGGAAACCAAAAAUUAAUAGCAAUGUACAAUGAUGGUGCUGAAGUGUGGGAUACUAAAGAGGUUCAGAUGGUGAGCAGUUUAAGAAGUGGAAGAAAUGUGACCUUUAGGAUAUUGGACGUAGACUGGUGCACAUCAGAUAAAGUGAUCUUGGCGUCUGAUGAUGGCUGCAUCCGAGUCCUAGAGAUGUCUAUGAAGUCUACAUGUUUUAGAAUGGAUGAACAGGAGUUAACUGAGCCUGUGUGGUGCCCGUAUCUCCUUAUUCCAAGGGCCUCCCUUGCCCUGAAAGCCUUCUUACUACACCAGCCUUGGAAUGGAUGGUAUUCUUUGGACAUUUCUCAUGUUGAUUAUCCAGAAAAUGAAGAAAUAAAGACUCUCCUUCAAGAACAGUUGAAUUCAUUGUCUAAUGACAUAAAGAAACUCUUGCUUGAUCCAGAAUUCACUCUCCUACAGAGGUGCCUCCUUGUUUCAAGGCUUUAUGGUGACGAAUCAGAGCUGCACUUUUGGACAGUGGCGGCCCACUACCUGCACAGCCUGUCCCAGGCCAAGUCAGGGAGUACAGUGGUGACCAAGGAAGCCAUUCCUCGGGACAAAUUGAGCAACCCACUGGAUAUAUGCUAUGAUAUCCUUUGUGAAAAUGCCUAUUUUCAGAAAUUUCAACUAGAAAGGGUUAAUCUACAGGAAGUAAAGCGGUCAACUUAUGAUCACACCAGGAAAUGUACAGACCAGCUACUGCUCCUGGGUCAAACAGAUAGAGCGGUACAGUUGCUUUUGGAAACAAGUGCAGAUAACCAGCAUUAUUAUUGUGACUCGCUGAAAGCCUGUUUGGUCACCACUGUCACCUCAUCAGGUCCCUCUCAGAGCACCAUUAAGCUGGUGGCAACCAACAUGAUUGCCAAUGGCAAGUUGGCAGAGGGCGUUCAGUUGCUCUGCCUGAUAGACAAAGCUGCGGACGCCUGCCGCUACCUGCAGACAUAUGGCGAAUGGAAUAGGGCAGCGUGGCUUGCAAAGGUCCGUUUGAAUUCUGAAGAAUGUGCUGAUGUUCUGAAGCGGUGGGUGGACCACCUUUGCUCCCCACAAGUCAAUCAGAAGUCAAAGGCCCUCCUGGUCCUGCUCUCUCUGGGCUGCUUUUUCAGUGUGGCGGAGACACUUCACAGCAUGCGGUACUUCGACAGAGCCGCGUUGUUCGUGGAAGCGUGUCUCGAGUAUGGUGCGUUGGAAAUCAAUGAGGACACAGAGAAACUUACUACUGCUAUAUAUGCAGAUUAUGCUCGAAGCUUGAAGAACCUUGGAUUUAAACAGGGUGCACUUCUUUUUGCUUCAAAAGCUGGAGCAGCUGGCAAAGAUUUAUUGAGUGAGCUUGAAUCCCCCAAGGAGGAACUAAUCGAGGAGUGACAGGUUAUGUGCCAGGGAAGCUGAGAGUGGAAGUAGGCUGGAAGGAGCGCUGACCAGGCUAUGGUCACGGUCAUGGCUGAAGCCCAGGCCAGUGAGGAAGGCAGGCCCCUGUGAGCUCUCCCACCAUGUAAGGUCGUGUAUGCGCAGAAGUCUGUGGGCUGUCAUAUUAAGAACAAGUUCUCUAUCCUAUACUGAGCUUCAAAAAAUGUGAACACUUCAGAGUUUGAAGGUGUGUAUCAUUUUCUACUUCUGGAUAGAGAGCUGUAAGAUUCCUGGAAAUACUUUUAAUUUUUUUUUAAACUUAAAAUUCAAAAGACUGAAUCACUUUUCUCAUUUACUGAACUAUGAAGAUGUUUGAAAAAUUAGUAAAGAAGUUUGUGAGACUGAGUCUCAAAUAUGUGCUGUGCCUGUGUUUAUACACAAUCAUUCCAGAUGAAAACAGGGCAGAGGUAUUUAAAGAUAGCUUACCAAAGCAUUUUUUUUUCUUACCUUGAAAAUACAGUUGAUUCUUUGGUUUAGGCAGUUGCUGACAUUUGUAAUUUUAGGCUCAUAUUCUCCUGGGGAGGUUUUAAACUUUAUGUUUAGUUUCAGUAUGUGAGGUCUUUGAUAUUUUGAAUUUUAACCUCUUCUAUGAUACAUUACAGUAACCUUAUUUUUUACAUCUCUCUUUGUACUUUAAUUUUCUGUGUAUGUGUUCUUCUAAUGGCUGAAAUAUAUAAGUUGUAACAAUUAUAAAUUAUUGCUGAGAAUUUAAAUGUCUGUAACUUACAAUAAUGAUAAAUAACAAGGACAUUCCACUCA